AUGAGCGUGGGCUGGCCUGAGUGCUCGUGGGCAGCGGAUCACGCCAAACAGAGCAGAUCGACGGGGGGAGCAUGGCUUAGGACACCGCGGGCCAUGACGAAGUGCCUUCGCGCCGUGGAGCUCUGUUCAAGCCCCCGCAGCCCCAGGGCCAAGAUGAACCACGGAGCAGAGUCUAAAAUCAAAGAUCCGGCGGCCGACGCAGUUGAGACACUACCUGGAGGAAAGUCGUCUGUAGCGUCUAGUUCGCCGCUGAGGUAUUAUCCCUCCCGCUCACACGGGUGCCAUGGGUCGCGUGGUCCUGGACAUGACGAACACUGUCCUCGGGAGCGGAGGAGCAGUUGGACAAGCCUGAGCCAAGCAGUGCCUCUAAGCCAGGCUCGAUCCGCAACCCCCGAACGAGACACAUUGGCCGGGCAUCGAGGACCGAUCAGGGCGACGGGCGUCGGCAAGAGCGCCACAGCCACGGACUGGCCCAGAUCCAGUGACAAGCACGCAGGGCUUCCGUGCGGCUGGCUCUGGCACGGCGGCAAGCCCACGCAGCCGGCGAGCCAAGCUUGCCAAGCUAGGCUGGAUGUAGACCCGCGGCGCGAGUAA